UUCACCGGGGUUGUUCAAAACAAGUUGUGUCGCUAUUAACUUGACGUUAGCUUUAACUCAGCGUUAUCUCCUUUUAAAAGUUAGUGUCCCUGUUUUCAACAACCAUGCCCUAAUACCCAUUUGAACACAACAUCGUAUUGUCUUUUUGUACAACGUUUGUCAACUUUUUUCCUUUCACUUAGAAUGCCAAAUCUAUGCAUGAACAUGAUUUAAUAUCCUUUUAAAUCUAAAUAAUACCUUAAAUGGCCUACCUAUAAUGGAAUUUGUGGCCUUGCUGUUCUGUUGUUCCGUGAACCAGUGGGGCUUUUCUAUAGGCCUGGCCUGGUUCAAUUGGUCGGUUCAAUGCCAACGUUGUGUAGUUAGAAACGUAGUUUGUUGUCACUUGGUGAUAUUUUGGAUGGCGGUUCGGUAUCGACACUAUACCUGGAAUUGCUUACCAGCAAGGGAAACUAGCAAGGGGAAACUUAUUACCAGCAGAGGGAAACUGUUUACCCGAAAAGGGGGAAAGUUCCUUUCUCAAGUCCAAGCCAAGAAGACGAACCCACGUUAACCAAGGAAUAAACGAUGUAUCGUAAUUUCCGAUACGGUGGCGUGGGGAUGCACGGGGCCUUCAUUCGGGGUCCCAAACAGUAUAGCGAAAAUAAAGCCGGGCCACUGAUUAUAGAAAACAUCAACCGCAUGGGCUACCGGAAUCAUGCCGCUCAUCACACGGACGUAUUCGUGAUCAACGUCAACGAUGAAGAUCUGGUUUUGAGGCGUGGUCAGGAGUUCACCAUUGAAUUGCAGUGCAAUAGGAAUUUUGACGUAGACACGGACCUGUUGGAGAUUUCCAUGGAACUAGGCGAAGAAGGAGACUAUAAGAUCGGGACACUCAUCAAUAUUCCUCUCGGCGUUGACCUUGACCCUUUGCACUGGGGCGGGGCAAUCAGAGAUGUCAAGGACGAUUCUGUUGUCGUAGAGAUCAUGUCAAGCUGUGAGAGCAUCAUUGGAGAAUGGACACUAAAGGCGGUCGCCAGGCAGCCAUGGGAUCCGACCUUUGACCCGCCCGCUGCUGAACAGGAUGUGAUCAUGCUGUUUAACCCCUGGUGUCCAUAUGAUGACGUGUACAUGGCAGAUGAGGCCGAGAUCAAUGAAUACGUCAUGAACGAGAACGGUAUCUUGUGGAAGGGUUCACACGACAAGAUGACGCCUGCCAAGUGGCUCUAUGGACAAUUUGAAGAGGUCAGUCUGCGUGCCGCCAUGAUGAUAUUGGGCCUGUCAACAACGGCAAAGAGCUACAUGAAAUCUGCCGCCAUCGUCACGAGGGUUUUAACUCAAAUGGUUAAUGCUAAUGACAAUGAUGGCGGCAUCUUGGUAGGUAGGUGGUCAGGUAAAUACGAGGGCGGGACAAGACCAACUGGUUGGAAUGGCUCAGAGCCAAUCUUGGCGGAAUGGAUAAAAAACAGACGGAGUGUCAAGUACGCGCAGUGUUGGGUCUUCUGUGGAGUCCUGACAACAAUCUGUCGAACCCUUGGCAUCCCUGCCCGCAGCAUCACAAACUACACCUCCGCCCAUGAUACUGAUGGAAGUCUUACCAUAGACUUCCACUUUGAUGCAAGGACCUAUCAGUUCAUGAAGAAGGAGAGCCCCGAUUCGACAUGGAACUUUCAUUGUUGGAACGAAGCUUACAUGAAGCGGGGCGACCUUCCUCCGAAGUACCACGGCUGGCAAGCCAUCGACUCGACACCACAAGAGCUUAGUGGAUCGGCAAUGCGCUGCGGCCCAGCCUCCGUCAAGGCCAUCAAAGAAGGCAAUAUCCUCCAAGAAUUCGACGUUCCCUUCGUCUUCUCAGAGGUGAAUGGCGACGUAGUUUACUGGCUGCUUAAUGACGACGGGUCACGUGAAUUCUUUAGUAAUGAUGCUGAAAGGGUGGGCAAGAAUAUCAGCACGAAGAUGGUGGGCACAGACGAGAGGAAUGACGUCACGAAGGAGUAUAAAGAAGCGGACGACAGUUACAAAGAGCGUAUUGCCUUCUUGUCAGCUCUGCGCUACAGCAAGCCAAAGGACCUAGCCAACAUGGCGUCAGGUCUUUUUGAUACUAACAUCAGUUUUGAGGUUCAAGCGCCUGAGACUGGCGACGUGAAGGCUGUGCUCACUGUCAGGAAUGACUCAACAGAGGAGAGGAACUGUAACUUCAGCGUCACUGUCUUACACUCGAAUGACAUUGGUGAACACCGUGGUGACGUCAAACAUGAACGCGGGAACUAUCAGUGCCGCCCAACUCGACCAAGACGUGGUCCAUGACAAUGACAGCAAAAGAAUGGUUGAACAUUGUGGUGGAUGAUGGGCGUCUGAUGUUCUACAUGGAGGGUCUGGUCAAGGAAACAGGUCACAAGUUCGCAUUCC